AUGGACCUCGAGCACCGCAUCAAGGCUUACCGCUUCGUCGCCUAUUCGGCGGUCACCUUCUCGGUGGUCGCAGUCCUUUCGGUCUGCGUCACGCUGCCGAUGGUCUACAACUAUGUCCAUCACGUCAAGAGGACCAUGCACAAUGAGAUCAGCUUCUGCAAGGAAUCCGCCAAGGACAUCUGGAGCGAAGUCAACCACCUCAAGAACAUCCCAGCCGGAAACAGAACCGCCCGUCAGGCUGGAUACGGUGAUGCCGGAGAGCCGCUGGACCAGCUGGAACCCCUGGUCCAGCCCGGUCGCCCAGGAAAGCCUGGAGCACCUGGUCUGCCAGGAAAUCCAGGACGCCCACCACAGCAGCCAUGUGACCCAGUCACUCCUCCUCCAUGCAAGCCAUGCCCACAAGGACCCGCUGGACCAGCCGGACCUCCAGGACCACCCGGAGAUGCUGGCCCCUGGAGUGCUGUGAUGGACAACCUGGAGCUCCAGGAAACGGCUGGAGCCCCUGCAGCCUCAACUCCUCUCGUUCCCGGAGAACCUGGACCAGCUGGAAGCGCUGGACCUCAAGGACCACCCGGACCCAACGGACAGCCAGGACAGCCCGGAUCAGCUGGACAGCCCGGACCCAAAGGACCCAACGGACCCAACGGACAGCCCGGAUCAGAUGGAAACCCAGGUGCUCCAGGACAAUCUGGACAGCCCGGUGGACCAGGAGAGCCAGGAAUCUGCCCCAUCUGGCUUAUUCGCGGUGGAGUUUUCUUCGAGACGGACUCGACCAGCCAGCCUCACAAAUGUUAG